AUGGCGCUAAAAGGACAUGUCUUCCAGACGCUAAAAGUUCCAAGUUCACUUUAUUGUUUAGAAGCUUGCAAGCACGAGGCAAGAUGCCAGAGUUUCAACCACGUCAUGGGAAAGGACAUCUGUGAGCUCAACAAUCGCACAAAAGAAGCAAGACCGGAGGACUUCAUCUCAGACGUUACCAAGUUGUACUUGAAAAAGCCCAAGAAUAGAGGUAGAUCGUAGAAGAAUCAAUUUACUGAAUGACACAUAUAAAGAUCCCGGGCGAUUCUCCACCCAUCCCUCCCUUUACUCAAUAUUUUUCCUUGAGUGUUAAGCGAGGAUGUUAAAGUUGGGUACUGUUAUGGGAGGAAUACUGAGGUGGCAGUUUCUAGAGUCUCUAAAAGACGCGACUAUGAGACGGACACCUCCCCCAAACGUACACCUGGAGUUGGUCCUCACCUUCGUACCUCACUCAUCUUCUUUGCCGCGGCUCUAUAACACGGACAGAGUACAACUAACUAGCUGAGAUGGACACUAAAUGGCAUUGAGUCCCUCUCUCCGCCGCAGAGAUGAGGCUCGCGAUGUGUAGCAACAAUUGAAGAUUUGUCUUUUUUACCUUUGACGUUAUUUACAAAUAUUUUUUAUUUUAUUUUCUCAUUGCUUUUUACUUGUUAUCAGGUGAUAUCUGGUUGUAAUAAAGUUAAUUUAAGACUUGUCUUGUCUAAAAUAUUAAGUGCACAGUGGACGAUGAAAGGAUAAAAAAAGCGGCAGCCCGGCCUGUUGUUCUGUCUUUCCCAUUCUUAUCGUCCACUGCGCGCUUUCUUAUUUUCCUCUCCCCAGCCUCCUCUCGACGCUAGGAGGCUUCUGCAGAUGAAAGAGCGGCAGUAGGGACAUGAAGCAGCGACAUUUUUGAGCGAUGAACGUCAACCGGAAGUUAACCUUUUUCUCUUUUUAUAUGCCUUGACGCUACCACAUUUUAUUGCUAGGUGUCUUUACUCUUAUAGAGACGUUUUGCCCAAACGUUUGUUCAAAAUCACGGCCCAACCGUGCAAAAAGUUCACUUCCGAUUGACGUGCAUCGCUCAAAAACGUUGCUGCUUUUAAAAACUAUCUAGUCACAAUGGUGGCUUACUUCGUAUGAGUUGACUAAAACGGUACGGAAAAACGGGCAACAAAAAACGUGCAACUUGUUUUGCAACAUUGCUGCAAAACGAGUUAGAUAGCGAUGUUGCGCGUUUUACCACCCUUGCGCAAGCCAGUUAACAACCUGAUUAGUUGCAAGACAGGUUUCAUGUGGGUGGUGAAACGCACGACAUCGCUAUUCAACUCGUCUCGCAGCAGUGUUGCCAAACAUGUUGCCCGUUUUUCCGUUUCUUAAAGCUAAAGUGUAAGGUUACGUUAUGUCGUGUUCUCUUGUGGUUUACCAUUUUUCGCCACUAAGGUAAUAAAUGAAACUAGGCACCUUAAUUUUCUUCCUUGAAUGCUGAGAAAAUUCUAUGUACUCGGUUUUCCUUCACAGAAUAACACACAACGCAAAAUCAAAGGGAAGGGAAUAAUCAUUUUAAAUAUGUGGAAUAAGCCUCCACACUCUUUUAAAAACUUGCACUUCAUUCUCGGUUCGUUUCCAGCUGAUACCCACUCGGAUUAAAUGGGAAGAGUUUUUUUCCACCUAGAUUUGACGCGUAAAUUGUAAGCUAAUUAAGAUGUGCUAAACGUUACUUCUUUUGACAGUGGCCAUUGGAUCCAUUCCUGAACUUCCAGCUGCAGGCUGCGAGGAAAUAAAGAUGAGUGAGGGACAGGUUGUGGCCAGUAAAAAAUAUUGGAUGAUCUGUAUAAACCAGGGUAUGGCUGUACUUGCUUACUGCAAUAUGACGACGGAAGGUGAGCUU